AUGUUGCAAGAUUUCCAACCAAUCAAAAAUCAGCCAUCUGUACAUCUGAACAACAAAGCGCAAAAUACCGCCUGCGGCACACAUCUUUUUUCAAAGCAAUCGCGCUUGCCAAAACGGCAUCCCCCCCCCAAUUGCACCCACUCACCCACUCACCCACGCGGACAAGGCAGGCACGCACAGACCACCUUCCUUUCGACGCACAAUCACUCCCCUCUGCAGCCAGCGCAGUUUCCUACCUAUUUAUUUCCCUCCGCCCUCCACCCACUCCUCAACCUUCUCUUCUACAUCCACUCACAACACAUCCACAUCCAGCAACCAACCAACUUCAUCAACAACUUCCAACAAACACAUCAACUCCAUCACCACACAACAGUCGCAAUGGCCCGCACCAAGCAGACCGCCCGUAAGUCCACUGGUGGCAAGGCUCCCCGCAAGCAGCUCGCUUCCAAGGCUGCCCGCAAGAGCGCCCCCUCCACCGGAGGUGUCAAGAAGCCUCACCGCUACAAGCCUGGUACCGUCGCUCUUCGUGAGAUCCGUCGCUACCAGAAGUCGACCGAGCUCCUGAUCCGCAAGCUCCCCUUCCAGCGUUUGGUUCGUGAGAUCGCCCAGGACUUCAAGUCGGACCUCCGCUUCCAGUCUUCCGCCAUUGGCGCUCUCCAGGAGUCUGUCGAGUCUUACCUCGUCUCCCUCUUCGAGGACACCAACCUCUGCGCCAUCCACGCCAAGCGUGUCACCAUCCAGUCCAAGGACAUCCAGCUUGCCCGCCGCCUCCGCGGUGAGCGCAACUAA